AUUGCCAUCUGGCUUUAUUAUAGAAUCAUACAAUGGUUUGGGAUGAAAGGGACUUCAAAGGUCACCCAGUUCUGCCCCCCUGCCAUGGCCAAGGACACAUUCUACCAGGACAGGUUGCUCAAAGCCCCAUCCGACCUGGCCCUGAACACUUCCAGGAGUGAAGCAUUCACAAUGCCCCUGGUCAACCUGUACCAAUGCCUCACCACCCUCACAGUAAAGAAUUUCUUCCCAAUAUCUAAUCUAAAACUGCCUUCUGUCAGUUUGAAGCCAUUUCCUGCCACUAUAUCAAAAAUCCCUCUCCCAGCUCUCUUUUAGGCCCCCUUUAGGUACUUGAAGGCUGCUAUAGGGUACUCUAAACACUUUGUCCAAGUUUGCUGGUUUUCUAAAGAUGUUUUUCUAAAGAUAAAGUAAAAAAGAUGUUUCAACCCCUUGAGAAUAUCCUUUAGUAUUUCUCCCAUGCCUCUAUCUUGGAGUGAAUGAAAACCCAUAAGCCCUUUUAAGUGUCUCAUCAAGCAAAUUUUGGGGCCUUACAGGGUCCCAACCACCUCUUUCUUGCACGUUAGAGGACCUGACUAUAGGCUUAGAAAGAUACUCUCCAGAACCUGUCAGUGAGGCAGCAAAUGUAGAGAACAGCUCUUAAGGAGAAAGGAGGGAGCUGAAGACACCUGAUGGAGUCUCUGCCUGUGUCACAGUCAUGGGUCAGGCUUCCAUGGGAGCUAAAAAAAAAAAAAAAAGAAGGAGGCAGAGUAAUUAAAAUCCCCUCACAACAGUCCUUCUCAUUCUGUGUCAGUGUUUUCCAUAGGCUCAGGAGUCUGAUUCAGCAGCCUAUGCAAGAGGGACUGAUGAUCAGUGUGACACACCAUGCUUUCCCCAUUGUUUCUCUGUGGGACAUUUCAAAAGAGGAUUUAUCUAAUCCCUUCCUACAACAAAACAUUAAGAAUAUUUUCCUCUAGCCCCUUAUACACCACCCACAGUGCCCUGCAUUAGGACUUUAUCUGAGGCCAUAAGAGGCCUCUGCUUGAAAAGGGGCAUUGCUGGGGCAAGUGAAAGGCAGCCAUCACCUUCCUGCUCACCUGAAACAAAUGCACACACACACACAGAGCAAGGUCCACCCUUCUCAGCCCUCCAGUGAGACAGCACUUCAUCUCCCAGUCUCCUGAAUCUGUCAGCUGGUUAUUUCAGCUGCACCACAAAGUCUGGAAACUAAGCCCUUUCCCUGUUUUAUCUCUCAAGCUCCUCAGUAUGGGCCAGCACUGCCCAGAGAGGAUCUUCUGGAAACCAAGGACUUACACUGGAGAAUCCAAUCACAGAGCUGAAAAGCUCUGCAAGCCACAGAGAGAUAAAACACCCCUCUCCCCCCGUUUAUCUUCUUUUUGGAUAUUGCCUAGGAAAAAACUCAUCCUCACUAAUGCAGGCUUUUCCUGCUGUCAUAACACCUUUUAUAAAUGUAGGGUGUGAUGUUCUCCUCUGCCACCAAACCCAAAAUGUGCUCCCUACCACUUUUGUUCCACAUAGACCCCUCAGGUAAGUACCCCUAAAACUUCCCCAUCUCCCUCACCCAAACCCCACAUCUCCACCACAGGGGAAGCAAGACACUGGAGCCAUCAUCUCUGUCAGGUGUCCACACCACAUAUGCAAGCCAAGAGCCAUAUCCCCAGGGCUCGUUGCCGAUUUGUUAGGUAUGAAUUUUCCCCAUGAUCCUUAAAGCACAUGACUGUAACUCUCCUCACCCCCACACUCCUUUCCAGUGUUGUAUCACAUGCAUCUGUCCAUGCUUCUGCCCAAUACUUGAGGAUCACAAGGCAAAAGUCCCUGCCUCAUGCAAGACUGGUGCUACUAUCACGAAGCCACAGCUUUGUGGCUGGGCUUCAAGGUAUGUGGUCAUCAGCAGGAGACAAAGUCUGCAUCAGAGCUGUGAUGAUUCAGGGGGUUUUAGGGUGGUUUUUUUCUUCCCCACCAGCCAAUAAGAGCAUUCACAGAGGCACUUCUUCUCUGGCAGGAAGCAGGGCAGUUAUUCUUUUGGCUGUCAGGCUCCUCUUCUGACGUGGUGGAGAUGGCAGUGAACUUUGCCUGUGGCUUCACUGCUCUUUGCUGCUUGGCACUCUGGAGCUUCACCGGGACUUCAGGUGUUACAAAUGUACCAUCACCCCACUCAACCGUAAGACCUGGCUCCCCUGUCCCAGUGAACACCAACAACCCCGGGGUCCGCAAGGCUGCUCGCUUUGGGGUCUACAGAUACAACAACAGCUCCAAUGACCUCUUUCUGUUUAAGGAAUCACAGAUAAAUAAAGCCAUGGUACAGAUUGUCAGAGGGCUGAAGUACAUGCUCCACGUGGAAAUCAAACGCACCGUGUGUGAGAAGAGGGGUCACUCCAGCCUGGACAGCUGUCACUUUCAGAGGGAAAAAAACCUGCAACGGAUGCUGAGAUGCUAUUUUGAGGUCUGGAUAACACCUUGGACACACAAAGUACAUAUCCCUGUUGCCCACUGUCACCAAGACCUUAGAGCCUGACUUACACGGGAUCUCCCACCAUGAGUUUUUCCUUGCCUGGACUGCUGAGGUCAAUACUGGAGUGGGGAACAGCUGUACAGAACUGCCAAAGAGCUCUUCUUUCAUAGCACAUGGUUGUUUUUCCCUUGAGAAAGACACUCCAAAGACGAGGCCUGCCUUGACUGAAUGUCUUGCUAUCCAGUUGUGUAUCUGUUUUUCCAAAACUAAACUGCACAUGAACAAGUGUUGUCAUUCUAUUGACAUCCAUCCUCUGGCUGAAUUUCCAAGCACUCCCAGGAAGCUCUGUUACACUUGUUUUGUGAUCAACCUUUACAAAGCCGUGAUGGAAACAAACCUAAGCAACAGCACGUGUGAAUACAACACCGAGGAAAGCUAGGGAUGGUUUGCCUGGGUAUACACACACACACACACAAGUUUUAAGAUUUUCCUGUCCCAGGGAAAUGGUCAGACACACCUUUCAGGAAGGCAAGAGGGAGAGCUGAUCUUUUUUUUAAGAGAGAGCUGUGGAUAAGGAUAUCUUGAAACACAAACAGCCCAGAAAUGACACAGUCCAAUGAGUGCUUCCACUUUAAUCAAAAGCUGAGCUACACUGUGAAAGGGCAUCUCUGCAAAUGCCAAGGCAAAUAAAUCUAAUCAUAUUCCCAAAGAAUAAUUCUGAGGUUAAAUGACAUAGUUCCAUUCAGCUUAAUAUACAACAUUUAAUCUCUGGCAGACCACAGUUUAUAUUCACAUUCAGUACAAUAAUGAUCUUCUCUAGGUGGGCAUCUACCAUUCUUUCAAGUCUUCACUCUUCAUCCAUGGGCUCGUUAUUGCUUACAGUGGACUAAGGCUCCUAUUAGUAUGAAUUUGGGUAGCUGCUCCCCCUUAAAACAGCCAUAAGGUCUGAGCCCAUGAUCAGUCAUACACAGAUCAGCACUUCUAAAUUGGCAGGACCCUGAUCUAAGCCACAAGGAACACUUUUUCCCCACAAAUACUCCUUUUUUUCUAAGAGUUGUUGCCUUUCUGCAGCAAUAUUGUAACUCCUAUUAGUAAUACACCCACUUUCAGCCCUUGUAACAACUGUUCUGUCAAGAAAGGCCAGUGAGAGGCUCUAAUCCAAGGUCUGGAGAUCUUAAAACAGACAGUAUUAAUAGUACAGCUGAGUAUCUGCUUCAAGUAAUCCCAAAGCUGGGCAGGUUUCAAGUUCUCCUUCAGAAACACCACUUGUGAUGAACAGGUGGCCCAGCAGCAGCUCAAACUCAGCAUCCAGUGCUGCAGAGGGAGCCGUGCUGCAUCUUAUCUUUGGGAACAGCAGUGUCUUCUGUGGCAGAAAAAACCCUACAACAGUGCUCAAAAGAAAGUUCCAGAAGGGCCACAAGAGGAUGUAAUGUCAUGCUACAUUCAGCCAUCACACAAAGCCACCACCACCAGCCUGGUGCCAAAGACAAGGAGAAAGAAAGGCAGCUAUGGUGGCUUGGGCUGUCCACACAGCAGGAAAGCCAAGCCACAGCUAAGUUAGUAGGAGAGCAACAAAAGCCAGGAAGAGCUGCUCCCGGUAUUUCAGAGGGGUUAGGAAUGUCUCAAUUCCUCUUCUUCUUCAGCUGUAUGCUCCACACAAUGCCAAGGGCUUCCAACCAGGCUGUCAGCUCUAGACAGUCUGGGCCAGAACAGGAUGGGCAGAUCCGUGUUCCUUCCUUCAGCCAGCAGGACAGACUGGUGUUCAGGAACAGAUGUCAUUUGCCUCUCACAUGCCACCACGGGGGUGAGCAGGCAGCACGCUGUCACUUCAGGUCUGUGCAGAGAUGCAUGCAGGCAGUGAGCUUGUCACACAACAGUGUCCCCUGUGCAGCUCUCCAAGCCCCUGACACACAGCACUUCAUCUCAGUCACCAAGCCAAUUCUCCAUUUGUCAGAGCAACAAAAGUUAAAGCCAGGUGAACUUGGCAUCAUGCAGGCUGACAAAUCCAACAGGCCUUUGCUGUUCUCCCAAGGAAAAUGCAGCACGACUGCUCAGACCUCUCUAUCCAAACAAACACCUGCUGAGAAAGAGAGAUCAGCCUUAUGUUCAAAGCUGCAUCCAAGUGUUCACUGUGACAUAUAAUUCCAGUGUGCUUUACAAUAAGAAAGGCACACUGGAAUUGUAGUAUCCAUCAUCCCCUCAGCUAUGGUAAUAGAGCUUUCAUCAGCACCAAAGAAAGAAGCAGAGCUAAACUGAGCUCUUUGUAUCACUCCAGAGCACUUCACUCAGGAAGGAUUUGGGUAAUUAAAGAGGAGGACACUGCUAGCACUGACCUAAAGAAGUGCAGCUAAAUACCACUUAAUCACAAUGACAUGCAGCCGUCAAAAAGCCAAUGCCUCUGUCCUCUGCAUCUUGGCUACAAUUUACACCAAGGUUAACAGUUCACCAAUUCACUCCAAGGAGUUCAUACCCUUGCAGACCUUGCUGGGUCUCUAACAUCUAUUUCAGGUUACAAUGGCAAUUCAAAAAUAUUUUUAGUAAAGAUUUAGGGCAUGAGGUGAGAAGGAAAAUUUGCUUCUACCAGCCCUGUAUGUUGAAGAAAAAAGGAACAAUCCCAGCAGUGACAUUAAGAGCUUGUGGGAUAACCACAACCUGAGUUUUACCAGAGCUUCAAAAUGGCUGGUGAUCCUCAAAUGGAGAUCUGAAUUUGCUCAAAAGCUCUGCUCUGCAAAUAUUUUCUCUCAUACUCCCAUUUUUUUAAAUUGCAUAGGAAACAAACUGCCUGCCAUCAAAAUAUGAAGCAUUGCUGACUGACAGACUUCCCACUUUGCAUUCUGUUGACAGCAGCAGCUCUAUAUGAAGGACCUGGAAGUUCUGCCUUUACCAGAUGCACCCAGUUUCACAACCUGACUGACUUUCAGAGCCCACUGACAGCUGGGGGAGUCACAGCUACAUGGAACCAACACAAGGUUUAGUUGGCAGCAGACAGAUAAGGAGACAGGACAGCUGCUGACUGAGAGAAAAAAGCCUUGCACACAUGGCUAACUACACCAACUUACUGCUAAAUUCUUCAGUCCUUACCUCAAAUUAGUAAAAAUCAGCUGCCCCCCGUGCUCAUUCUUUUGCAGCACUGUUUUUAAGCAGGCUGGAUGAGAAGGCCCAAGUGUCAGCAUCAUCAGAUCCCUGCUGUGAUCACUGAGCAGACAGACACAGAAGCUUAAGAGGUCAUUAUCUCACCUGCAAAGUUUUUACUGGCACAAAGCAGACACAAAUUUAAAGUAAUCAGAUUUAUACCAAGGCUUUGCAAUCACUUUCAUCAGCUGUUCACACUGAGAAAAUAACCUUUACAUAAAAGUGUCAGGGGCACACAAGUUAUGUUCCAGCAGCUCCAGUACAGAAGUUGCUCCAGACAAGAAACAAGGCAGUUAACUGUGGAGUAAUAUUUUAAAUACUUUCAGCAAAAUCUUCUCCAUACUUGUGCCCUGCAGAAACAUUUAUUCCACCAACAAGGCAAAACAAAACACAAUUUUUAAAUGCAGAGCUAUGGUGUACUCCAGCUCCGUUCCUUUCCUUGGAUGGUUUUACUGCAAGGCUUUAUAAUAAAAAAGAAAAUUUCUCCAAGCCUUUCAGAAGACAGGGCAACAUUGUCUCAUAUGCCAUAGUCUGUCCCAAAAGAAACUUGGUAACACACAGGAAGCAGCCUCAGGCUUCUCUGGGAGUUAUGCAGAGAGGACUUCCUUCUUAGCGAACCACAGCCCUUUUCUUCUGCCACCAAAAGCCAAACAUGCUCUGACAAUACCUUUGGAUACCUCUGUAAAUGCUCUUGCAUCCAGUAAUACUUCUCACACUAGAGAAAAGCCAGUCUCAGAGCUGCAGAGGUGUCAUGUUCCUGCACUCCUAUCAUCAAAAGAGAAGACUGGCUGUUUUUUUCCAAGCCUGACUUGUUCCAGGUUUCUCCUUGCUCAAGGCAGGUGUGUCACCAUCCAUCUGAAAUCCACACAGCAUUGACUCAGCCUCUGUGGAAGUGGAAUGAGCCUGAAAAACCAGUCCUCACAGGAGCAUCAAGAGUACUUUAUGCUAGUUUGUUUAUUCCACAGGCAUCUUAGUGCUGCUGCUUUACUCUUGCAUUUGAGAGAAAAUCAAAGAUUAGAGGUUUUUUUUUUUAGAAAAAAAUAGUUUCCAAAAAAAUACUGUUCUUAAGCACCCCUAUUGGUGAAUAAUGAGACCUGUGUGUCAGUCAAUCUGUUUCAUCUGGGUUUUAUUACAGAUCCUCUCACUUCUGCAUACCAUGGAUGGAUUAUCAGGAUCCAGCACAACCCUGGGAAUGGGACCUGGCUAAAAUGGAAGUGUUAAGGUUCUUAUGAGAAAUGGAACACCAGUGGCCUGGUUAAGCAGCCAUGCAAGGUUUGUUUCUCAGCAUUGUGCCACCCACCACAGCUGGGACUUUACAGACUUCAGAGAUAUUUAAUCUCUCAGACUGAAUAAAGCCUGUGUGUCCAGCCUGUACAAAUAGAGGGAGCUUACGGGGUACAAGUCCAGUCAGUCUGCAGUACCCUUAAAAAAUAAAAAUUAACUGAGAACUGCACUCUAUCCAAAGGUUACUUGAUGAAAUACUUUGGCAAAUAAAUCGCUAGUGAUAACUGUGUACUAAGAGGCAAAGCUGUGCUUGCCCCAAGAGUGCGAAAGCAUCAGCAUAAAAGAAUCACCACAGUAGAUUUGCUUUUUCAACCCCAACUUGAGAUCACAUCAACUUUCAUAUCUCACCAGAAAAGGACAAAUAUUUGCAAGGGCUGGCAGAGCAGUGUGAACGAGCUGGUGCUUAAGCAGCCUGCCCUGGACUGGGUUCUCCCAAAAAGAGCAGCCCCUGGCCUGUACAGAAACAAAUAAACCUGAUCCAGCAGCCAUCAGCUAUGCCACAGGACUGCUGCAGCCUGGCAAUUACACAGAACAAGGUGACAGAAGCACUGACAGGGAAGAGUAAUUUUCAUUUGCAUAGCCCUCUAUUAAGAGAAGAGCAGAAAGCCAGAGAAAUCAGGUGACAUUUUUAGCAUCACCUUCCCCUUUUCUGCUGCUUUUUGUUAUAUAUUUAAAGCAAAUCUCUCCUUUGCAAAAGGUGAAGAAAUGCAGCAAUAGUGUAAGUUUAGGUUGUAUUGUCACCCAGUGGCAGAAAAGGAAAGAGCAGCAAAAGCUUCGAUUCUGAAGUAUCAGUGCACUAAAUCACACAGCUGCUGAAGCAACCCCUUUAGUUCUUCAAGAUGCAAAACCUCUUAUUUAAAAUCACAGUAUGCUUUGGGUUGGAAGGGACCCCGAAGAUCAUCAGGGACACUUCCCAUGAGACUGGGUUGCUCAGAGCCCAGUCCAGCCUGGCCUUGAACACUCCCAAGGGUGGGGCAUCCACAGCUUCCCUGAGCAGCAUGUUUUAGUCUCUCUGCUCCGUGAUCCUGCCUGGCACAGAGGUGAGACUGACAGGCUGUAGUUCCCCAGGUCUUCCUUUCUUCCUUUUUUUUU